AUGCAUGCGCUGGCCGUGGACUUAGGCGUUGCCGUCAACUUGGCUUCAAAGGUUGUUUUGUACGACGUCGAGGGUCCAAGCCUCUCACUGGAAAACGGCUCGUCGGUUUCCGCUGACCUAAUUGUAGCUGCAGAUGGUGUCAAUUCCACUGCACGGAGAACUGUUCAAGGAGGCACCGACCAUCCACCCCAAAGGACUGGUUUUGCCGCCUAUCGGGCCGUGGUGGAUAUCGAUCGUUUGCAGGGUGACCCUGACAUUGCGUGGCUACUGGAAAAGCCUUCCUUUAACCUGUGGCUUGGCGACAAGCGGCAUGUUAUGACAUAUGCAAUCGGAGCCGGAAAGACCUUUAACAUGGUUUUGUCCCAUCCUGAUGAUGGCUCCGGCUGGGAUACGACUGAAGAAGAAACGAUCGCCGACAUGCGGAAAGAGUUUGAGGGUUGGGAUCCAGUUCUGUCCAAGAUCAUAAACAUGAUCGACAAGACACUCAAGUGGCCCUUGUUCAGUGGGUCGAUCAUGAAUCGCUGGAUAUCAGGCAAGCUCGUCGUUCUCGGCGACGCUGCGCACGCAAUGCUCCCAUAUAUGUCUCAAGGCGCCGCAAUCGCAGUGGAAGACGGGGUCGCCCUCGCUCAAGCACUGAGCAAAAUCACAUCCAAAGCUCAUAUUCCACAUGCCCUGUCGGCCUUUGAGAAAGUUCGCAUGCAGAGAGCUAACCAAAUGCAAGAAGCAAGUCUUCUCCAGGGGAAGCUGUGGCAUUUCGCGGACGGCCCUGCUCAACAGGCUCGCGACGCCGCUAUGCGGCCGGAGGUCGAGGGCCGACCCUUCUCCCAUAGCCCGAAUCAAUGGAGUGACCCUGCGACGCAGAUGUGGUGCUAUGGGUAUGACGCUGAGAGGGAAAUUGAUUUGGAAUGGGAUAGACGGCUCAAAGGAAGGGGAGAUAGCCAAUAA